UUGGUCCCGAGCUGGCUGUCACCGUCAGUAUUGGGUUAGGGUUAGGUUAUUUGAGUUGUAGUGAACUAUCUUGACUGAGUCGAACAUCUUUGUCGUAACACGUCACGCAUUACGUUUCAGGAAGUGUGGGCUUGACCGCAUAGAAUAGAAACACAGUGGGCCAGUCAGUGAGGAAACUAUUGUCAUUUAGGGACUCUGAGCGGAAAAAAAGCUAUUUUAUUCCAAGUUUCCACAAGAUUUCAAGGGCUUUUUAUACAAUUUCAGGAACCUCGGGAGUUUCUUCUCCUGAGUUUAGCUUAGCCUUUUCAAACAACGCCAGCUAGCAUCAACAGAAGUGUUGAAUCAGAGAUUAACAGCCGUCUGUCUCCUCCACUGAAACACAGCCGCUGCCUUCAGUGAGCGUUGUUCUGUCGGUAGUAGCUAACAUAUUGAUGUUCUUACUGUGUGGGUUAUUGUUCUCAGAUGUUACUGUAACGUUACCACUCGGCUCGUCGUUCCUCUCUCUCUUUGACUUGUGAUGGCGUGGCACUAGCUGCCUCUUUGUCUCUAUAAUCCGUGUCAGGACUAUGCAUGAAAACACGGAUGUGUGUCUUUUUACAAAGUGACAACAAGGAACCAGAGGACAGACACCUCAUCAUAGUCUCCACUGAGCGAGAGACAGCCAGCUGACAUCACUUCACAACUUCUGGCCAAGGUGUUAGGUGGACUAGUGCGCAGCUGAACAUGGAAGAUGAGGUGUUUGACCAGAUUGUGUUUGUGUUUCACAACCUGGUUUCGUGGGUCGCUGCUGGUGCCAUGGUGUUUGGUGGGGUGGUGCCCUACAUCCCCCAGUACAGAGACAUCCGCCGGACCCAGAAUGCAGAGGGCUUCUCCACAUAUGUGUGCCUGGUCCUCCUGGUGGCAAACAUCCUACGGAUACUCUUCAGAUUUGGCCGCUACUUCGAGACUCUACUGCUGUGGCAGAGCAUCAUCAUGAUCGCUACCAUGCUCAUCAUGCUGAGCCUGUGCACCAGCGUCCGCAUGGCCACUGAACUCAACACCAAGAGACGCUCCUUCAUAGCGACAGACAGUAAGGACGAGGAGAUCAGAAUCCCUAAGAGGCUCUUUCUGGACUUUGACUGGAACUACUUCUGGUCAUGGACUCGCUUCGUGGACUACAUACAGUGCGUGCUGGCCUUUACGCUGAUGGCAGCCUACAUCACCUACCUCUUCCUGGACUCUGCUGUUUUUGUGGAGUCCCUGGGCUUCUUGGCCGUCUUUACUGAAGCAAUGCUGGGCACACCGCAGCUCUACUGCAACUAUCAGAACAAGUCCACAGAGGGCAUGAGUAUCAAGAUGGUGCUGAUGUGGACCAGUGGAGACACCUUUAAAACAGGCUACUUCCUGCUCACCCAGGCUCCUGUGCAGUUCUGGACCUGUGGCCUGCUGCAGGUCUUGGUGGACUUCACCAUCCUGUUCCAGGUUUACUAUUACAGCCGCUACCCACAGAAACCAGUGUCCCACACUGUCUCUCACACCACCAGUGCCAAAGCCCUCUGAAAGUCUGUGCAAGCUCUCUGAGGACAUGCCAACAGUCAAAAACAGCAGUGAGGACGCACUUUUCGAGGCGCUGCAGACAUGUGUAAACAUACACGAGUACCAAAGCACCUUGAGAUGGUGCAGGCUGCUCACGCUCACCCCCGAGUAUACAUAAAGACACAUACACAUCCAUAAAUAAGGCAUGAACAUACACAGACACUUGGUCGUGUCGGUGUCUGCAGCGGUACCUGAAGGACACUUGUUACAAACAAACCUUUUCAUUUCAUUUAUCCUACAGACUUCUUCUCAACCUGACAGUAUGCUUGUGUCUUGGAAUGCAGACACAAAAGAAUAUAUCCUUGAAUCGACCUGUGCAUGUGGAGAAUAUUAUGCACAUAGAUGAAUAUAAAUAACAGCAGGCGUACGCACUGAAAUCUGUGCUCAAGGAAACCAGCUUCUGUCGUCCACAUUAGCUGAUGAUUGUUGCAUGGACCCUCUGCCUUAAAACACACACAUUCAAACAUGGCUUGCUGCACAACCGGCAAGAUAAAUGUAUGAAUCAAUCAAAAAUAAUUAAUACACAACAUUAAUGAAUGUACAAAUUGUUAUUUAGUUAUUUUUUUUCCAACAGUGGGGAAAUGCUGGUCAGUCUACCACUUGUUGGACCGAUGGUUGCCAUGUGCUGAGACACACGGGCUCAAUCUUGUGGGAUGACGGAAGAAUGGAAUUGUAAGAGAGGCAAUCAGACUUUACGGAAAGAAGAAAAAAUCCCAAAGGCUUGAACAUUGCAAUGGCUUUUCAAAAAAACAGUCAUCAACAUUAGUGGCCUUGAUGGUAACAGUGAUGAGGGAAUCAAGCUGUAAAAGACAUUAAGACUGUCUGCUGCUGCAAGCUGUUGAAUUGUUCAUUAAAACAUCAUGAACAUUGAGACCUCUGUUCAGGCCAAUGCCAAGAAUUUUCUACUGAAGCUGUUUAUGCUAUUUUGUAUAUAAUUUUCAUCAUUUUCAUUCCACAAAUUCUAAAAACCCCAAAAGGAGAUCUGGUGCAUUUAGACCAAAAACAACAAAAAACAUAUUUUCUCUUUUAUCUGUAUGGCUUUUUAUCAGUCUAGAUAGUUUUUGUGUGAGUUGCUGAGUGCUGGAGAUUAAAGCAAUGUCUCUUUCCAGAAACUCUGACCCAGUUACUUUACAUAAUCCAAAGACUUUGGGAACUAUUUUCCUUCUGCCAAAUUACACCUGCCAGGCAUAUCACCGCACAGAAGGAAGUACAUCUACUGUAAUGUAAGCUCGCUGACCUGAACUAGCUAACGUUACAGCUCAACUGAGGAAGACACCAGUCAUUAUGUCUUGUGCUGUCACGAAUAUGAGCCUCUCAUCCAGGAGCGAUGCUUCCUUCUGCAUCAUUAUACGACUGGCAGGUGUAGUUCGGUAGAAAGAAAAUAGUUCCUACAUGAAACUGCUCACAUGAAACUGCUCAAUGUGUGUUUUUUGGUGCUUUGUAUGCACCCUAAGCAAAGUGCCAUAUAGUUACAUUAAAAAGGACAGACAUCUCUACAGUCAAUAUCUCAAACACUUGGUAUCUCACACCAAAACAAUCUCAAUUGAUAAAUAGAACUACAGGUAAGAGGAAAAUUAUAUAUUUUUUUAUUUUCAGGGUGAACUGUCCCUUUAAGACAAGGCACAAUUGCAUGGAGGCAUUAAUACAAGUGGGCGAGACAAUGCUGUGGACAAGGACAAGAGGAAAAAGAGAGACUGGACUUUAUAACAAAAAGAACUGGAGUUCUUUCAAAGUUCUGAGAUUUCAUCAGAGGCUUGACACACUCUGUAUAGACUCGUAUGCAUGCACGAGCCAAGUUGCCAUCCAAUUUAGUGCAGGCUUUAGUCAUGUUUCUAGAAAAUCAGCAAAAGAAAAUGCGAAUUAAUACUUGUUUCUAUCCACCGUUAUGUGAUUAUUAGAGUUGGUUCAUGGGAAUAAGCCAGAGGUGCCGCCAAUUUUUCAGUCAGAAAAACAUUUUUAUACCAUUGCAGAAGAAGAGAUAACAUGGUUAAAAGAGCACCACCUCAGAUAACUGUAAAAAAAAAAAAAAAUGUAAUUGUUUGGUAUAGGGACCAAACCACAUGGUUAAAGUUAGGAAAAAAAGAGCAGGAUUGGGCUCAAACAACAGUAUUUCUUGACAUUACAUCCAAAAAUGGGACACAAACACCGGACUUUGAAGGAUAGUAAUUAUUUUCAGUGCAUUAAGUUUCGUAGGAAUAACUAAGAACUGUUGAUGAGAACACGCCUGCAAAGAUGCAGCGUUAUUUUUCAAAUGCGGCCAUCACUCCAAUCUGUAAGAAAAAUAUCCACCAAGUUAAUUACUCAUCAUUGAACAGAGCAACAUCGCUACAAAGACCAGUGAAGCAGUUCAGCCAAUAGAAAUAACAGCCAAAUACACCUUUUACACAAGCUCACAGACUUAUAUUUCUGAAAAUUUCCAGCAAAAUCAUACCAUAACUUCCCAUCAUGUCAGCUGUGGCCAACACUGACUGGCCAGUUUAUUAUUUCUAUUGCAAAUCCAAUAACAUCACCUCAUAUUCCAUGACUCCACAUCUCUCUGUACCCUGUAUGCAUCACCAUUUUGUCAUAGGGAAUUAAUUUCCUGUUGGGAUGGGGAAGCAGUCACAUAACACAGUGGAGAUUUUGUUUGUUAUUGUUGUUUUGUAAUCUUUCUCUGGGGCUGAAGUGAAAUGCCAAACCAUGAGGUGUCAGGACUGUCAGCCCUUCAGUGAACUGUGGACCACAGCAGACCUGAUUCUGUCCUUCUCUUCUAAGCCUCAAGAAAUGGAAACUUCCCUUUUUGUUCCACAGGGACAUGGCAGGAGAUUUCUAUGAAUAUUUCUCUCCUCGCUCUUAAAGAAAUACGGUGGUUUCUUUCUUUUGGAUGUUUACUUUUUGUGUUCACACCUGUUUAUUCACCUCAUUUAUUUUGUUAUCCCUUUUUAUAAAUCUUCAAAUGUCAGUGUACGAUAGUGCUUGCCUGUUGUUUACUCAGACAGUGGUGAGGGUGGCUGUGUCGUAUGGAUAAUGUGAAAGUUUCACUUUAUUUACUGUUUCAUUCCAUGAAUCUAGUUUACUUUUUUUUUUUACUUUAUUUUGUAUCAUUUAUUCAUUCAUUUUACCAUGUGAAGGUAUUUUCCCAUAGAAACUGCCAUAUUGUGUUAUCUGUGAAAACCCACACAUAGUGUCAAUGUACCAAAAAAUUUAAUUCUCAGUAUGUUUUUAUGCUUUUUUUAUUCUCACAUUGUUGGUUUGUGUUUCAUUUUUCUUUUAACUGCCAAUUGUCCAUCAACACCAACUAUAGUUGAGAGUCUACAGCAACGUGGCUUUCACGCCCAAUAAAGAGGACACGGAGAGA